GCUGAUGACGCCAUGCCGGUGGUGCCCCCACGGCCUUCGCCUCCCAGAAAGGUCUGCAUGACGGGAGAAGGCUGGGAGGAUGAGCAGUGGCUGACGAGGGCCAAAGAGCUUUUGCGGACCUUCGGAGUGGACGUGCAGCCUCCUGAGAUGAUGGCACGUGCUACAGACACCAAGGUGCUCAUGGAAGGACCAUGCAAAAGCAGACUCCAAAAGCUGGAUCUUCAUGGCUGGAAGGCCUUUGAAGACUGGUACACGCCCUUGGACCAAAUCUACAAGGUCCGAGAUAUGGCGAUUUGCCAUGCUUCCAUCGAAGGGCCGGCAGCCGUCGGUGGGUUGCUGGGUGCACCCGGCCACUCCUACGUGGUCCCGGCAAAACGCGCAUCUUCUCGAAAGGAGCUUGCGGAGGAGAAGCAAUAUGCUUCACCUCGAAAGCCUCCAGGUGCUUUCCGUCGGAUAAGGAGCAGAAAGUGA